CUCUGGCAAUGUAGCAACACAGCAUGCACAAAUCUUGACAAAACAGCGAGAGAACGAACGAUCACGGGCCGUAAGGCUGUUAGUGAUUUCUUUGGCCGCAACAAAAACUCGACUAAAAGCAUACCUGAUGAUGUUUGGGGGUGGCUGUGUAGGACAUGCUAUCAACGAGGUCGUUAUAGAGCCACAGCACGGGCAGGCGUUCAGCCACAUGAAGAGGCUAAUUGGUACCUCAUGCUCAUUCGUGACCAAGUUAAAUGUCUCAAGAUCUGGCGGCCAGAAGCGACAUUCACCAUCCAACUUCAGGCUGCCGCUGAGCAGCGCUACCGCGAGUACUGCGUGGCAUUGGAGCGACUAGGAGGGGAUCGAGCAGUAGCUGAAGCCAGCGUGACCAGGCCUGGCAGACAGAGCCGGAAGAAGGAUCAGCUUAUUGAGGAUCGCGGGCAGACUCUUCGGAUGAGCCACGCCAAGUACAUCAAGGAAAAUCUGACUGGCGCCAACACGUCUUACGCCGACAUCGAGAGUGUUCUCGAUUGGAUGCAGGGAGAGGUCGACGACGGACAAAUGCUUCAUCUGGCAGCAAUCGAAUUCCUCAUUCAUCCACAACGUGACGACGAG